AUGUCCUCACUCUUUAAAAGGACCAUGGAAAACAGCUUGGCAAGGCAAGCAGUGGCAUUUUCCCUCAUGGAGGCUUUCACGGUGGUGAACAUCCUGCUGGAGAAACUUGAUCACCUAUGUAAGGAGGAGCGAGUGGCUGCUGACACCUCGAGCUGUUACCUGACUUUCCAUAAGCUGAUUGAGCCAGGGUGGCUCAAACGACUCUUCAUGGACUUCAUCUCAUUUACCUUGAAGCUCAUUCUUAAACACCAGGUCUGUAAAGAAAUUAACUACCUUUUCCAGUUGCUAGCUGUCUUCAUACAAGACACAGCAGGAAAUCCUGUCACCAUCCAAGCUUCAUAUGUGGAAAAGAAACUGGUUUUGUAUCUCUCUGACUCUGAGAUAAUACUUAAAGUGGUUAAAUGUGCAGCCAAUAUAACUGGGAAUGACAAGUCAUUAAGGCACUUCCUGAAGACUAUCAUCAUCAUUGCUGGAAUCUCAGAAGUGAUUUCAAGAAUACCUGAUUCUACAGAUGGACUUUGGCUUCCCCCAUCAUUUGCUGCUUGAUUUUUUUGAGACCAUGUUAUAGAAGAAAGGAUGGUAC